GGAUCUUUGUCCGGUCGAUACAUAAGAGAAGAUCCCGAUAAGUACCGGGAAAUCAUGGAGUCGUCAGUGCUACUCAUGUUCUGCCACUUUGUCAAAUCUCUCUUUUUGGUGGGAUGGUCCCCGAACGAAGUGGUCGGCGCUCCACAUACCAGUAUCCAUAAGCGCUUCGGGGGAGGUGAUGGCAUGAACCAUACGGGCCCAGAUACAGAUCAUCCCUUCCCCAAUGGUACCUGCGCCAACGGUACCUACCCCAACGGUACCUACCCCAACGGCACCUACCCCAACGGUACUACCAUUGCCGACAAUUCCUUAGCCAGCUCCGAGCGGGCAAGCGUCGUACGCCGGGCCGUCAUUGGAGGCGUCGUAGGUGGGGUGGGGCUGAUAGCGAUCCUACUUUUGGCCUUCUGGUUCCUUCGACGCCGAAGGCGAAGACGACAGGUUGCUAAGGGCCCGGUGGUUUUGGAAGAAGAGAAGGACGUAGUUGAGGUCCGUCGCGCUCGUGGGGGUGCCUCAACACAAGAGCAUAUGGUGGUCGUGGGAAAGAAUACGGUUAGGCUGGAUCCUCCUCCGCCUUCACUCGAAAAUGAGGGAUCGUCGAGUACGGAUGUCAGGCAUGAAGAACCGCCUCCCGCUUAUCGUGGAUGACUUUCUGUACCAAUAUGAAGCUUGGUUUUGUACUAUGUAGUGUUUGGUGUUUUUACGAAAUUUCACGACAAUUUCAAAGGGUAUGAAUCGGUCCGGCUUAUCGGUCCGAUUGCCGAAUAUGGUCU